UCCUUCCGCCUCCCUGCUUGUUUAGUGGUUAAAGAUGGCGGAAGCUCCUCCAUGGCCCAGCCGGUUCUUCUGUCACAGAUGCUCCGCAGAGAUUAGUCCUCGGCUUCCCGAGUACACAUGUCCAAGAUGUGAUUCAGGUUUUAUUGAGGAACUGCUGGAGGAGAGAAGUGCUGACAAUGGCUCCAUGUCCACCAUCUCCAGCGGGCCCCCGAACCAGCAACCAUUUGAGAAUGCGGACCAGCACUUGUUUACAUUCCCUUCAGGCUACGGUCAGUUUGCCCUGGGGGUCUUUGACGACCGCUUCGACUUCGGGGCUGGACUGGGAACAGAGGAUAACAGGGACGCUGAAAACAGGCGAGAAAGGGAAACGGCAUCACGGCAACGAUACGGCGCCAGGCAACCAAGAAGUCGUCACGGUUCAAGGCGACAAGCAGGGAGGCAUGAGGGGGUUCCCACUCUAGAGGGAAUCAUUCAGCAACUAGUGAAUGGAAUUAUUGCACCCACUGCAAUGCCAAAUAUUGGUGUUGGACCCUGGGGUGUUCUUCACUCAAAUCCUAUGGAUUAUGCCUGGGGUGCUAAUGGACUAGACGCAAUUAUAACUCAGUUAUUAAACCAGUUUGAGAACACGGGACCUCCGCCUGCUGAUAGGGAUAAAAUAAAAACACUUCCUACAGUUCAAGUUACAGAGGAGCAUGUUGCUUCAGGCCUGGAAUGUCCUGUGUGUAAAGAAGAUUACAGUGUUGGAGAAAAUGUGAGGCAGCUCCCAUGCAAUCACAUGUUUCACAAUGAUUGCAUAGUCCCCUGGCUGGAACAGCAUGACACGUGUCCAGUGUGCAGGAAAAGCUUGAGUGGACAGAACACAGCAACCAACCCUCCAGAACUAUCAGGGAUGAACUUUACCUCCUCCUCUUCCUCCUCCUCGUCCUCUUCUUCUUCCUCUACCCCUCAGUCCUCAAGUUCGACCAGCAAUGAGAACUCCACUGAUAACUCCUAGAGGACCGUUUGUCCUUCUCACCCUACCAGCUGCUUCUAGCUCCUGGGCUGCUGUACUUCAGAGCGGUGACCUCCAGUCUCUCCCUGCUGGGGGGUGGAGACCAGGAGCACUCCAGCCUGAUUCAGGGCUAAGUGAUACAUGAGGUCCAUGUAUUUCUGCUCGUCCUGUUGCUCCCACCUUCAUCAGGGAUGUGAACAAAGGAAGGGUGGAGCCCUGGAUUGCAGCUUCUGUCAGGGAGGAUGUGGAAGAAGAAGCAUGGAAACUCUACGAGGAGCUGGAUCUACCUGAAUCACCUCAUACAGGAACAGAAAACAAAGGAAUCCAAAGGUAGAAGACUCGGGACAAAAAGACAGUCGCUGUUCUUUUUUUUUUUUUUUUUUUAAAUCUCCGGACUUGUAUGAUUUUAAAAUUACCCAUUUUUGCCAAUUAAGCAAAAAAGAGGUGUACAGUUAUUCAUUUUUAUAAGUAGCCUUCAUAUCUCACAGAUAAAAUGACCCAAAGUACGCACUUAAGUUUCUUAAGUUUUAGAAUAAUACUACAUUUGAUUCCUUGUUUUCUCAAAACAAAAUCUAAUAGUUUAUAAAAGUGAUUUUAUUGUCGAGAUCCACUUACAGAUACAGUUUGUUUGCACUUGAAAUUAUGCGUCAAAUUGCAGUAAUUUUGUGCUGUUUGGAAGAUGAUGUGCAUAAUCAUUAAUUACACACAUAAGGAUUUUAUGUCAUCUGCCUAAAACACUUAGAAACAUUUUAGUGCAUCUGUGCAUUUUAACCUAAAUUAAAUAUUUUCUAAAGUUGCCAGUUGAAAAAUAAUUGAUUUGCAGUUUGAUCAUGUCCAAAAAAAAGAACUGAUAUGAAAAUAAAAGCUUUUUGGGUGCUAGCACUCAAAAUUCAUGUAAAGCA